GGAAACAAGAAUAUACAAGCCAAACUGGUUCUUCUUGGAGACAUGGGAACUGGAAAAACAAGUUUGGUACUGAGAUUUGCCAAAGGUCAAUUCUACGAUUACCAGGAAUCAACAAUCGGAGCAGCAUUCUUCACUCGGGUGGUGUCGCUGAAUGAAGCCACCAUAAAAUUUGAUAUAUGGGACACAGCAGGGCAGGAAAGAUACCACAGUUUGGCUCCGAUGUAUUAUCGCGGCGCAGCCGCAGCAGUUGUCGUUUAUGAUGUCACAAGCACGGACUCAUUUGUGCGGGCCAAAAAGUGGAUCCAAGAAUUGCAGAGGCAAGGAAAUCCAAAUUUAGUCAUGUUCUUGGCAGCUAACAAGGCCGACUUGGAAGAAAAGAGAAAAGUAGGCGCUGAGGAAGGUGAGCAAUAUGCUAAAGAAAAUGGAUUGUUCUUCCUAGAAACGUCUGCAAAAACUGCUCAGAAUGUGAACGAACUUUUUUAUGAAAUAGCAAAGAGAUUGGCUAAGUCUAUUCCUUCACGUCCAACUGGGAUGAAAUUGGACAGAGGGUCACGAGAAAGCGGGAGAAGACUGUUUUGUUGCACUGUGUGA